AUGCGCGGAUGCAGGGCUCCGCGGGUAGAUGUGACACGCUGGGGCGGGUGGGGAAGAAGGACCGCAAGUCGCGGUUUGGUUCAGGUGAGCAGGGGAAGCGGGGAAUGCUGGAGACGGGGGAAACGCAGGGACACGGGGAAUGCAGACAGGGGAAACGCAGGGGACACGGGGAAUGCAGACAGGGGAAACGCAGGGGACACGGGGAAUGCAGACAGGGGAAACGCAGGGGACACGGGGAAUGCAGACAGGGGAAACGCAGGGGACACGGGGAACGCAGACAGGGGAAACGCAGGGGACACGGGGAAUGCAGACAAGGGGAACGCAGUGGAAAUCGGGAACGCUGACAGGGGGAACGCAGGGGAAAUCGGGAACGCUGACAGGGGGAACGCAGGGGAAAUCGGGAACGCUGACAGGGGGAACGCAGGGGAAAUCGGGAACGCUGACAGGGGAACGCAGGGGAAAUCGGGAACGCUGACAGGGGGAACGCAGGAGGCGGGCGUAGGGGGAGGGGGAACGCAGGUUCCUCCUCCCCCGCCCUCCUCUGCCACUGCACCUCUCCCCCCACAGAGGGCCAUUUCCCCCAGCACUGGGGCCAUUUCCCCCCAGCACUGGGUGCACGAUGCUAUCGAUGUCCACUGGCUGCUUUUGAGGCGCCUCAAGACUCCUUCCAUCCCCAACCCCCCUUUUCUCUCCCCUGUUCCUCCUCCCGAACCGCCCUCCUCUGCCACUGUACCUCUCCCCCACCAGAGGGCCAUUUCCCCAGCACUGGGUGCAGGAUGCUAUCGACGUCCAUUGGCUGCCAGAGCCCCCUCUCAGGUACGCUCGACUGCAUGCUUUCCCCCCCACCCCACUGCAUGCUUUCCCCCCCACCCCACCCUACUGCAUGCUUUCCCCCCACCCCACUGCAUGCUUUCCCCCCACCCCACUGCAUGCUUUCCCCCCCACCCCACUGCAUGCUUUCCCCCCACCCCACUGCAUGCUUUCCCCCCACCCCACUGCAUGCUUUUCCCCCCACCCCACCCCACUGCAUGCUUUCCCCCCACCCCACUGCAUGCUUUCCCCCCACCCCACUGCAUGCUUUCCCCCCACCCCACUGCAUGCUUUCCCCCCACCCCACCCCACUGCAUGCUUUCCCCCCACCCCACUGCAUGCUUUCCCCCCACCCCACUGCAUGCUUUCCCCCCACCCCACCCUACUGCAUGCUUUCCCCCCACCCCACUGCAUGCUUUCCCCCCCACCCCACCCUACUGCAUGCUUUCCCCCCACCCCACUGCAUGCUUUCCCCCCACCCCACUGCAUGCUCACUGA